CAGUGGACUUGCUGCUUCCGUUUUAACUGUAUGGGGUACGUGGACACAACUGUCUGACAGAAGACAGCCAAAAUGAAGCAACAAGAGUUGAUGGACAAGGCAGAAGAUGUGGCCGAUCAGAUCUUGCGGCACAGCAAACAUGUUCUACCUCACAUAGCCCGGCUCUGCUUGAUCAGUACGUUUAUAGAGGAUGGCUUCAGGAUGUGGUUCCAGUGGCACGAACAGCGAGACUACAUGUCAGCGACUUGGGGGUGCGGUGCCUUCCUCGCUACUAUCUUUGUCAUCGUCAAUCUGAUUGGUCAACUUGGAGGGUGUAUCAUGGUCCUUAGUAGGCAGAAAGUUCAGAUUGCCUGCGGCAUCCUGUUUGGUAUCAUUGCUUUACAAACUGUUGCCUACAGUAUUUUAUGGGACCUGAAGUUUUUGAUGAGGAAUCUGGCAUUGGCUGGUGGUGUGUUGUUGUUGUUAGCAGAAAGUCGUGCUGAGGGGAAGUCGCUGUUUGCCGGGCUACCGUCUAUGGGCGAGAACAACCCUAAACAAUACCUGCAGCUGAGCGGUCGUGUUCUGUUGGUCCUUAUGUUCCUCACGUUGCUGCGCUUUGAGGCCAACAUCAUCCAGAUUGUCGAAAAUCUGAUUGGCACAGCUCUCAUUAUUCUGGUCGCCGUCGGUUACAAAACUAAGUUGUCUGCCCUUAUUUUAGUGUUAUAUCUUACAAUUCUCAACUGUUACUUCAACGCCUGGUGGAACAUACCGUCCUACAGGCCUAUGCGCGACUUCCUUAAGUACGAUUUCUUCCAGACCCUGUCGGUUAUAGGCGGCCUUCUGUUGGUAGUGGCGUAUGGUCCAGGUGGUGUCAGUAUGGAUGAGCACAAGAAGAAAUGGUGAGGUCGUCCGCUGAAAUCAUAGGUGGCGCUCCGCAUGCCCACCACACCUCUCAUUACAAUCAACAUUUGUUUAGCUUGGGAUGUAUAGGCAAAAUUGUACUUUUUGUCAUAAUCACCCCCACCUGUCCUCCCCACAUCAAUACAAUAGACCUGUCCAUUCCAGCAUGCCAUUGGGAGGGAUGUCUUGACAAGGGUGGUUGCCAAGGUAACAUGAAAGUCUAUUUUAGCUGUGGGGGUGCAUCACAUUGACAUGGCUUGUAACCCAGGCAAACAUCAGUUAGGUCAUUUCGAAAAUUUUCAUAUUUUUAUUUCAUAAACAAAAAUUGUUUAUGUGUAAGGAUCUAGUAAUUUUGUUUCAUUUCUUGCAAUUGGCAUUUAGGGUAGAAUGUUUUUUUGUCAGUAAUGGGAGGCUUUGUGACAUGAGAAGUAAUCUAAGUUAUACAACAAUCAAGCGCAUCUCUUAUUCAUUCGUGAAGUGAACGACUUGUACCGUGAAAUAAAAUCACUCAGUUGCUGUUAAAAAUAAAGGACUUGUCAAAAACUGUAUGUGUGUGUGUGCAAGUGUGGAAAAAUUAUACUGCAGAUUUUAAUAUUUACAUGUGGAUCAUGUACAUGUAGCAUUUCAAAGCUUAUCAGAUGCCCUCCACCAAAACUCCAGUGGUAUUAAUAAUAAAACAAACUCCUGUGAAUGUACUGUUUCCAGUGGUGUGUUUCGUUUCUGCGUGUUACAUAUAUCCAGUUCUGCCUACUUGAUCAUUAUGUAGUGUAAUGCAGUUUUACAUGGUGCGCUUGUCAUUUCCUCGCGAGUUGCACAUAGUGAAGCUGUAUGAUUAUUAUCACUGGCAUCAGGCCAUAUUUACAUUAGACGAUUAAAUCUUUGAACUAUCUUCCUGAUCUUUUCUAAAAUGCUACUUUAAAUACAUUUGACAAUAAGACACUGCAUUUAGGGCCCAUUUUUAGUAUUUACAGUACACACACAAUAUACAAAAUGUACAUGUAAGAGUUUUCAAUGUAUACAAGUAGAAAAUGGAAGACUUGGCUUAAAGUUCGUAUUGGGUGUUAAGAUAGGUUGAAUAACCUGCUACUGGUGCACUGUAAAUUACAUAAUUUAAAGUGAUUUUUCCUCGACUAAUCACCCUUCCCUUCUGUAUUACAACUCCUACGUGUCCAGAAAUGUGAUUAGUUGGUGAAAUAUCUGCCUGAGUGGUUGAACAGUCAUGUACUUAGAGACAUUUGUCUUGUGGCAUCUGUGAGAUCUGAUGGCGACAGCUUGGGUUAAGUCUAUCAGUGAAAGCAAAUUAGCGUAAUGCAGGAUGUUGGAAUUGUGAUGUUACAACAGCAGAGUGGCUUCCCUUUGUUACAUUUGUAGAAUGCGAUCUCCCUUCUACAGCAAACUAAGGUCUGUCCUCAAAAAUUACAAGUACAUAAGCUGCCAUGAUAUCAGAUAGAUAAAUAGCCCUGCUAUGUUGGAGAGACGCUCGGCUCUGUUAAGUUCGUUGCAAGGUCAUAACCCAGAGACAAUACUAUACAUAUGGAACUCAUUUUUAUUGGCUCAAGAAGUCAUGAUUUUGAGUAUAGAGGCUGUAAAUAGAUGUUACGGUGUAUCGUUUGUACAGUCAGGUGUACUUGUAUAGUUCUACAUCUUCUGACAUGAAUUGCAUGUAUUAGUAAUCGAGAUGACGCCACAAUUGUAUAAUGUUUGCUCUACAAUAUUUA